AUCAGCUGGAAUCAGGACAGAAACGGGUGGAAACAGGAGAAAUGGAGAGAGUUGUAUUCAUCACUUUUCUUCUGACAGCUGUCUUCAGUUUCUCUGCAUGUGUUGCACGUCAGUAUCACUUUGUGAAUCAGAAUUUGACCUGGACUGAAGCUCAGAGAUUCUGCAGAGAGAAUUACACAGAUCUGGCCACCAUCAACAACAAGAACGACAUUGAAGAACUGAUGAAGACUGUGAAUGAUGAAAGUGUUCAGCAUGUCUGGAUCGGACUGUACAGGACAGAGAUUAAAACAUGGAAGUGGUCUCUGGGUGACCCUGUGUUCUACACAGGAAGUGAUUCACAUGAUCAGAACUGGAGAAACUCUCAAUCAAACGGUGAUGGUGACUGUGUUUAUAUGAAUAAUGGAGGAUGGCAUAAAAGUCAAUGUUCUGACAAAACCUCUUUCAUUUGCUAUAAUGACAGCAGUGAAGAAUACAUCUUUAACAGUACAGACAGUGAACUGGACAGAAGCUCAGAGUUUCUGCAGAGAGAAACACACAGAUCUGGCCAGUGUGAGGGACCAGAAAGAGAAUCAGAUGAUUCAAGCAGAUCAUUAAAAAUCAGAUAGGAAGUGAUAAGAACGUCUGGAUCGGUCUGUUCAGAGACUCAUGGGAGUGGUCAGAUCACAGUGAAUCCUCAUUCAGAUUUUGGAG